GCUCCAACGCCGUCGAUCAGGGAGUUUCACUGGCUCGUCGUGUUGGUUUUGAUUGCUCAAGGAACAAAUCUUGUUGUUCUAUCUCCUCGGUUUGAUUCACCACAAACCCUAGUUACUGUUGAUAUGGAUUCUCGUUAUUUCUGAUUUGAGAGGAUUUGCUUCGCCGGAAUUGAAUUCGCCUGAUUCUCACGCUCGACCGUUCCGACGCAGAUAUUUGUGAUAUUUAUGUGUGAUUCACUUGAAGGAGUUUGAAUUCUCUGGAUUUUGAGUUUUAUUACGAAGACGAAGUUUCUGCAUAUUUGUCGCUCGUGAAGAAUUCUAGAAGUGAAUCUCAUUGUUGCGGCGGAUCGAUUUGUCGAUCCUAACCUUAGUAAUUUGAAAGUUUAGGAAAAAAGAAAAAAGCGAAAAAAAUAGCUUGAAUUUAUUGUACUGUUUGAUUUGUUUUUGAGUUUGAAUAACAGGGGCUUUUGUUAUUAUUAUUAUUUUUUUUUUUAUUUUUUAAUUUCAAAGGCCCUUUGAUUCUCUUGUGUUUUGUUGUUAUUUGCUUUGGUGAAUUAAUCUUCUUUUAUAGAGAUAGAAAGAAAGAGAAAUAUACCAUGGCGGUGUAUUAUAAACAUAAAAGUGCAAGAGAUUUUGAUUCAAUUCCUAUGGAUGGUCCUUUCAUCUCUGUUGGUACUUUGAAAGAAAAAAUAUUUCAAUCCAAGCAUUUAGGGAGAGGUACUGAUUUUGAUCUCUUGGUCACCAAUGCCCAGACCAAUGAAGAAUAUCUUGAUGAAGAAAUGUUGAUACCUAAAAAUACUUCAGUGUUAAUUCGUCGAGUUCCAGGACGGCCACAUUUACCAAUUGUUACUGAACUAGAACAAAAGGUGGAAAAUAACGCGGUGGAAUCCAAUCAUGCGAACAGUAGCUUGCCAGCUGAUGAUAUGUCUGCCAUGAAAUAUCCCGAAGAUUCAGAUUGGGAUGAAUUUGGCAAUGAUUUGUAUUCAAUACCUGAUCAACUUCCAGUUCAAUCGAGCAACUUGAUUCCAGAGGCUCCUCCUCCAACAAAUAAUGUUGAUGAAGACAGUAAGAUUAAGGCAUUGAUUGAUACUCCAGCGCUCGAUUGGCAAAAUCAAAGUUCAGAUUUUGGCCCUGGUAGAGGUUUUGGAAGAGGCAUGGGUGGACGGAUGGGGGGUGGACGUGGUUUCGGGUUAGAGCGGAAAACCCCUCCACAAGGCUAUGUAUGUCACAGAUGCAAGGUGCCUGGACAUUUCAUUCAGCACUGCCCUACAAAUGGCGAUCCAAAUUAUGACAUCAAGAGAGUCAAGCAACCUACUGGUAUUCCUAGAUCUAUGCUGAUGGUAAACCCACAAGGUUCCUAUGCUUUACCGAAUGGUUCAGUAGCUGUUUUGAAGCCAAAUGAGGCUGCUUUUGAGAAAGAAAUAGAAGGCUUGCCAUCUACACGUUCUGUUGGGGAUCUACCACCUGAGCUCCACUGCCCCUUAUGCAGUAAUGUUAUGAAAGAUGCCGUGUUAACAAGCAAGUGUUGUUUUAAAAGCUUCUGUGACAAAUGUAUUAGAGACUAUAUUAUCUCCAAGUCUAUGUGCGUAUGUGGUGCAAUGAAUAUUCUUGCAGAUGAUCUUUUACCAAAUAAGACACUAAGAGAUACCAUCAAUCGAAUCCUGGAGUCCGGUAAUAGCAGCACUGAAAAUGCUGGGAGCACUUUUCAAAUUCAAGAUAUGGAGUCUGCUCGCUGUCCACAGCCUAAGAUUCCAUCUCCAACGUCAUCUGCUGCCUCCAAGGGAGAACUAAAGAUUUCACCUGUUAAUGACGGAACAUCAAAUAUACAGGAUGCAGCUGAUGAAAGAAAGGCUGUUUCUGCUCCACAGCAGGCAUCGGAGCAUGUAAAGAUGCCUAGAGCUGGUGAUGUAUCUGAAGCUACUCAUGAAUCUAUGAGUGUGAAGGAACCAGCGCCACAAGGGAGUGCCCCUGUGGUUGAGGAAGAAGUGCAGCAAAAAUUGGUUCCUACUGAGGCAGGAAAGAAAAAGAAAAAGAAGAAAGUCCGUAUGCCUGCAAAUGAUUUUCAAUGGAAAGCCCCACAUGAUCUUGGGGCUGAGACCUAUAUGAUGCCAAUGGGUCCACCUCCUGGCGGCUAUAAUCCAUACUGGAAUGGCAUGCAACCUUGUAUGGAUGGAUUUAUGGCACCAUAUGCUGGUCCGCCAAUGCAUAUGAUGGGUUAUGGUCUAGGCCCCUAUGACAUGCCAUUUGUGGGUGGUCUGCCUCAUGACCCAUUUGGCAUGCAAGGUUACCUGAUGCCUCCUAUGCCGCCUCCGCCUCAUGGGAAUCUUGCUGAGUUCAGUAUGGGGAUGAACAUUCCACCUCCAGCUAUGAGUAGAGAGGAGUUCGAAGCUCGAAAAUCCGAGUUGAGGAGGAAGCGUGAAAAUGAGAGGGACUUAUCCAAGGAUCGAGAGUUUGGUAGGGAAGUGAGCAGUGUUGGGGAUGUAUCUUCAAUAAAAUCAAAAACUAAACCGAUUCCACCGCCUUCUGGUAGCGAUUACCACCAUCACCACCACCGUUCGGAACGGCCGCCGCCAGAUCGAACUCAGCGCGAGCUAGAGCCACCACGUCCGGCCAAACGAAAAUCAGAUCACCACUCCGAACGCCAACGCGAUGACAGAGAUCGCGAUUACGAGCACGACCGUCACCAGCACCGCCGUCAUCACCGAACCGAAGCCUCAUCCGGGAAAUCGUCAGAACCAGUUACCAAAUCUAGGAAAUCGUCAGAACCAGUUGCCAAAUCCUCAUCCAGGAAAUCAUCAGAACCAGUUACCAAAUCAUCAUCGAACGCAGCGCAACCUACGGCGUCGGCGGCCGCAGCAGCAGCUGCUGCUGCGGAUCGAAAGCAGAAGGCUAGCGUCUUCUCUCGGAUAAGCUUUCCUUUCGAAGAGGAAGGUGGUUCUAAGAAGAGAAAGGUCAGCGUAACGGAAUCAUCCGCCGCCAUUUCCAGUGCCUCGGCAGCACCUUCCACUGCGCAUCUGUCGAGGAAAAGCAACGACGUUAUCGAGGAGUAUGAGAGUAGCGAUGACGAAGACGAAGACGAGCGGCAUUUCAAACGGAGGCCGUCUCGGUAUGUGCCGUCUCCUCCGCCGCAGGAGGAGGAAGGAAGACAGUCAAGAGGAACGAGAGAUCGGAAGCAUAGAUAGAUAGGUUAAGAAUUUUGAAUGUACUCGUCACACUAUGGAAUCAUCACCAACACAAACACUCGCUCUUGGAUUUUUAGUGGAACUUGUUGGUGACUUUAUUAAGUUUCAAUAAUUUUGUCCAUCAACAAUUCUGUAUGUUUUAUUCAAAUCCAAUUAAAAUAAUUUGUUUGUUGUUUUUCAGCUUCAAAA